AUGAACGACUGUAACAACAAACAGACAAAUAUUACAUGUGCCAAUAUGUCAAAUUGUAAACUUCGAAUACAUACACCUACAAUUAAAUUCAUUAAAACAAACUGUGAUUCUUCGGAAUCUUUUCCAAUUGAUCUUGUUGUAUCAAAACGUAGACGAUCAUCAAACGAUGAUGAACACAAUUUUUUAACAAAAACAACGACGAAUAAUAAUAACUAUAAUCAACACAACCCGACGAUAUUCGACGGUCAACCGUCGAUGGCGAGUUAUUCGUUUUCAUCGCCGGGAUAUGUCAAUAUACCUCCAUAUUAUAAUACAGCACCAACUGGAUAUUCAGCUUUAAAUUUUCAAUAUCCAUUAACUGAAACUUAUUCAACAACUGCUGCUUCAUCUACAAAUAGUUUAGCUAGUCCAUCACCAUACGGUACUCAAUCGGGUCUUGAUGCAAGUUAUUAUCAUCAAUUUCAACCAUCACUUGGUUAUCCAUGUUAUUCAACAUCUGCUUAUCCUUCACCAUAUAAUCUUAAUUCAUCAACAACAUCACCUAAUCAAUUAGCAUCAUCAAUAAAAAAUUCACAAGGAUAUCAAGUUGAGUCUAUUCCACCGACCAUACUUGAUCAUCAAAAUCAUUAUUCAAAUCCAAGUGUACUUUCAUCACCGAAUUCUCCUUCACCUUCAAUUAAAACUGAAACUAGUGCACGAUCAUCAAAAUCUAAAAAUAAUCGUGGAAGAAAUAAAACCCAACAACAACAACAACAAUCAUCACCUGAUCCAGAUAAUCAUAUUGAACGAAUAUUUGUUUGGGAUUUAGAUGAAACAAUUAUUAUUUUACAUUCAUUAUUGACAGGCACAUAUGCUCAACGUUAUCAAAAAGAUGCUCAAACAGCAAUGUCACUUGGUUUACGUAUCGAAGAAAUUAUUUUUAAUUUAGCUGAUGCACAUUUAUUUUUUAAUGAUCUUGAAGAAUGUGAUCAAGUUCAUAUUGAUGAUGUUUCAUCCGAUGAUAAUGGACAAGAUUUAAGUAAUUAUAGUUUUGCUGCUGAUGGUUUUCAUUCAUCAACGAAUGUUAAUAAUCCAUGUAUAAGUAGUACUGUUCGUGGUGGAGUUGAUUGGAUGCGUAAAUUAGCAUUUCGUUAUCGACGUAUAAAGGAAAUUUAUAAUACAUAUCGAACAAAUGCACAAGCUUUACUUGGUCAACAAAAAUAUGAAGAAUUACUUCAAUUACGUGUUGAUAUUGAAGCAUUAACUGGAUCAUGGCUUACAUUAGCAAUUAAAGCCUUAAAUAUUAUAAAACAACGAAAAAAUUGUAUUAAUGUUCUUGUAACAACAUGUCAACUUGUACCCGCAUUAUCAAAAGUUAUUUUAUAUGGACUCGGUGGUCUAUUUGAUAUAGAGAAUAUAUAUAGUGCGACAAAAAUUGGUAAAGAAAGUUGUUUUGAACGUAUACAUACAAGAUUUGGUCGAAAACCAACAUAUGUUGUUGUUGGUGAUGGACGUGAUGAAGAAUUAGCAGCUAAACAACUCGCAUGGCCAUUCUGGCGUGUUAGUGAACAUCAAAAUCUUACAGCACUUAUUCAUGCACUCGAAUGGCAAUUUCUUUAA